CUAGGCCCACUCGUAGGAUCCGCCAUGCUUCUGGUCGCGACUGCGAUCUUCCUCUACUAUACGGCUUGGACACUCUUGAUGCCGUUUGUCGACCCCGGACACCCUCUCCACGAUCUCUUCCCUCCUCGUGUCUGGGCCAUCCGCAUCCCCGUGAUCCUGACUCUCCUGGGUUCCGCAGUGGUGGGCACUUUUAUAGGCAUUGUGAUGAUCAACAGCAACAAGAAGAAGGCAGCCAAGGCCAACAAAGCUGCGGGAAAGAAGAAGAAUUAA